AUGAAUCAAGAACAAACGUCUCAAGAGCAUUUCGAUCCCAAAACUUAUGACCGCCCUUUAUUCUUUCUUCCUAAUGAAAUAACCUUAUUAAUAUUUUCCUUUCUUGCCCAACAGGAUAAAAUUAAUGCUGCCCGUGUAUCGCGCGUCUGGCGUGAUGCUAUAUAUUCUCCUUCAUUAUGGCACGAAGCAAUUUUAUACAACGUCAAAGGCUUCAAAAAUAACAUUUUAAGUAGGUUAUCUCAAGUAGAAUUUUUAGAUGCAAGAGCGAGCGGUAUUUCCGAUGAAGAAGUUAGACUUUUAGUGAUAGGUCCCGCGGGGAAAACGCUAAAAGUUUUGGAUCUGUCUGUAAGCCAUCAACUUACGAAUGAAUGUUUGAUAUACAUUGGACAACAUUGCGUGAAAUUAGAGAAAUUAUUCUUGGAAGGAUGCAAUAAAAUCAGUGAUAUUCAACCACUCGAGAUGCUUGUAGGCCGAUUAAAAACUAUUGUUUUGGCAUAUAACGAAAAUUUGGGCAAUGCAGUAUUCUGGAAUCUUUCUAAUUUCGGUGAUCGAAUAAUAAAAUUAGAUUUAGAUGGAUGUCCACUGAUUUCGGAUGCUGGUAUUGAAUGUCUAGCCGCUCAUCUACAUGGCUUAAAAUAUCUCGCCAUAGAUGGACAAGGAAUAAAUGAUAAACCAGUCAUCUCGAUAUUUGAAAAUUGUACAAAUUUGGUCUUGUUCUCCAUGUCAUUUUGCGAGAAUUUGACUGAUGUUUUUCUUAAUGGUUUAAUUCGUAAUCUUUGCCCGUCACUCAAAUAUCUACGAUUGCGUAAAGGAGCUACUUUUACAGAAGAAGGGUUUUGUCAAUUAUUCGAGCAUCUUACUUUACGAGGCUACUCCUUUAUCUCGCUUGACCUCUCUGAAUGCACCAAUGUUACCAAUAUAGCCCUCGAGCACUUAAAUCAGCCUCAAUUACGAAGGCUUAAUCUCGAUUGGUGUUGGAGUGUCAAUGAUUCUAAUAUUUUAGAGAUUCUCAAAAAAUCGCCUAAAAUAGAGGAAUUGUUUCUCACCGGAUGUGACGAUGUUACAUGUGAAUCAUUGGUAGGGGAGAAGAUAGCGUCUCUUAAAAUAUUGAAUCUUUUUUCUUGUAGAAUGGUAAGACGAAACAUUAUUUGUGAUGUCAGUAAAUCAAAUCCUGAUUUGUAUAUAAUAGAUUAUUAUGGUGAAGUGUAUAAAGAUGGCAAAAAGAUAGGAUUGAUGGAUCAAGUAUUUAUUAAGGAGGAAAAAGUUGAACUAAUGGUUGACGGUCGAGAAAGAUGGGGUUUACUCAACAUUGGAACCUAA